AUGUGGGUAGAAUCGAGGGCAAGGGAUGCAGACGGGUAUAAGCUGUGGUACUCUGGAUUCUUGAAGGGUAAGAAUGGAGUGGGUAUUUUGGUAGCUAGGGAUCUUAAAGAGUCUGUGGUAGAGUGUACCCUAAAUAUCAUUAACACUUACACGCCACAAGUGGGCUUGGAGGAUGAGGUCAAGAGGCGCUUCUGGGAAGGUAGCUAUACCGAGGUGCAUGGCGGCUUCAGUUUUGGGGAUAGGAAUGGAAGAGGUACUUCGCUGUUGGAUUUUGCUAAGGCAUUUGAGCUGGUGAUUACGAACUCUAGUUUUCCGAAGAGGGAAGAGGCAAAUUUGGUUACCUUCCAAAGCACGAUGGUGAAGACUCAGAUUGACUAUCUCCUUUUCAGGAGAUGUGACAGAGGGCUUUGUGAGGAUUGCAAGGUUAUCACAGGUGAGACCCUCAUACGCAGAAUAAGCUCUUGGUGA